GAGAUCGACCCUCGGGAUGUGCUGGUGGGAGAGCGGAUUGCCAUUGGCGGCUUUGCAGAGGUGUUCAUCGGCCGGUACCAAGGCACGCUUGUCGCGAUCAAGCUGCUGACGGCCGUGGACGAGCUUGGGCAGGAACGGUUCCGGCGCGAGGUGCAGAUGCUGGAGUCGGUACGGCAUCCCAACAUUGUGUUGUUCAUGGGCUGGUGCUCCCAGCCGCACCUGGCGAUCGUCGCGGAGUUCAUGCACCGCGGCAGCCUGUUCAAGCUGCUGCGCCGGGGAGGCGACCGGCCGCUGGACCCCAGGAUGCAGCGCUCGGUGGCGGUGUCGGUUGCGCGCGGCAUGUCGUACCUGCACACGCGCUCGCCGCCACUUAUGCACCUCGACCUCAAGUCGCCCAAUAUCCUGCUGGACGACCGCUGGAGGGUCAAGAUUGCAGACUUUGGGCUGAGCCGCGUUCGGUCCCACACCUUUGUGUCCGGCACCGGCGCGGGCACGCCAGGGAUGGCGCCCCGAGUGCUGGCGCAGCAGGGCUUAGACGAACGGAGAAAAGUUUUAGUGCUGUGGGAAACGCUCACCGGGCAGCAGCCAUGGGAGGGCAUGCACCCGAUGCAGGUGGUGGGCGCGGUGGGAUUCCAGGGCCGCCAGCUGCCACCACCCCCUCAAAACGACCCCUUCCUGGCCGACCUGUGCCGCCGCUGCCUAGUGCACGACCCCCGCCACCGCCCCUUCUUCCCACAGAUUGUC